AUCCCAGCUGUCUUUGUGCUAGAGGUGGGGUACACCUCUACACCCGCCGUGCAGCGGAAAUAGACAUACCAGCGUUUAUUUUGGCUUUAACAGGUCAUCUGCAGUGAAAAGAACUACGCAUAUAAAUACAAAGGCAGAUGCCAUUUUCUCCUCCGCCCAGUAGGGGCGCUGUGAAGUAGUAACCCUCCAAAUGGACCGUCAUAGAAGUCUUUUGUUGGUUGUAACCAUACACUGUAUCAAGCUAUUUUCCUCGACCCCGAUUUUUUGCCAAUGCAAAGUUCCCAUUUCACAUUUUUCAAUUUAAUUUAAUUCCAUUUGGUAUUUUUUCAGAAACAUUUUCUUUCCGGAAUACGAACCAGGACGUCUGACGUGCGUUCACGGUUAGAUAUAACGUGUUUGCUACCAAGUAAGCUAAUCGAGCUUUACCUUGGCUGGAUACUCGUACCCGCUGUACUUUUUGCUGUACUGUUCGUUUAUUUGCGAUACAGUUGUAUUGGCUGCAGCGUCGAGUCGUUGCUCUCUGAAAGGAGAACAGUCGGCCUGAAAAUGUCGGGUUCAACGUAGCACGGUGGGGGUGUGCACAGAUAUCGCUAGUACUUAACGAAGGACGGGGGUUUGGCUAAAGAAUGGAUCGGCCUGAUUGGGAAGAUUUUGCACACUACCAACAGAGGAAUGUGAAUCCAGAUUACCAGAGAGUGAACGAUCCACGCAGUUUUUCCAGCCAGGAUGCACAUUCUGGGGAACCUCUGGAAAAUGAUGAUGAUAAUAAUGCAGAGCUGGCCAGAAAAAGGAGUAUGCUUCGACACACAGAAGUUCAGAUCCUGCAAAAGAAAACUGCCAUUGCUCAGAUGAAAAUUGAACAGAUUGAUACGGAACUACCAUCACUGGACUGUAUGAGUGCACCUCUUAAGGACAGGGUAACUACAAUUUUGCAGUGGCAACAUUCUCCCAGCUUCCUGUCAAAGUGCAAGAUGUUCAAGAUGACGCCCAGUCACAGCAAAGAGUGGGUGCCGCUGGAAGAUCAUCACUUCCUGAAGCUGAGAGUGAAAGCUCUAAUGAGGCGGCAUCGAAGUGAUCAUCCCAGUAAAACUCCAUCAAAGAACCCGGUGUCUAAUCACACGGCCGCCACACCGCCUGUUCCACCAUCCCCUCCCCGUCAAAGUGUUACUUCUGCAGCCCGAGAGGAGAGCGCCGCAAACAAAGGCUUUGAGCGCUUCCUCAGCUUGCUCAACAAAGGAGUCGACCUUGACCUGCUCAAUAGGAUCGUCAACGAUGACAGCGAAGAUUUUCAUUUAAAACACCAACCCUUCAACAUUCAGCCCUGUGGUGUCAAGGAGGUUCUGGGUACGCCCAUCGGCAAGAGUGGAACGUUGCCACCAGAGAGGACGGAGCAGUCCACUUGCCAGCACUACCCAGGCCAGAGAUGCCCUCUCUCUGAUGACAAGCACAGAAAAGACAGAAAAGAGAGAUUUGGAUCCACAUCUCCUCCAACAGUAGAGAAGAAAAAAGUAGCAGAGGUUGAUGAGAGGUGUGAACAGCUCCAGAACAUCCUCAACACUCUGGGCUUGAGCCUGGAAGAGGAAGAGAUGAGCCAACUAACAGACCGGACUCAAGAGAGGCUGUAUGGGAGAAGGAACGAGAGCAGGCAGGUGGCCUCAAGUGGCUCCUGUGAAACCAGCAGGAAGUCAUCUUCUCGGAGCCGGAGUCGCAGUCCCUCCGGCGGAUGGAGCUCCAACAGCAGAAACUCUAUGGAUCGCCGCAAGGAAAAGUCUUUUUCUGAGUGCAGUGAAUCUGCUCUCAACCAAGAUGGCGCAGAAGCACAGACACGCUUUGCUGGCAACAAUGAAGACAGGAUGGCCUUGGUCAAACCCCCUCACCCCCAUUCCCAUCCAGAUGGUGAUACUUUUCCUGGUUACAGUGUGCCUCAGUAUCCACAAUGCAAUGCUCCUUUCAACGGGGACAUGAUUUGUGGCUGGACGCCCGCUCAGGGUGCCAGUUGCACUUUAAAUUACCCCGUCAGUUCUCCUUACUCAUCGGGCCCCUACCACUUUGACCCCACUGCUGUUUCCGUAGACCCUAGAUUAAGAUACCAGGACCACCAUUCCCUUCCAGAUGUAUUCUUGAUUAAUCCAGACCUGUCUUUGAGUGAAUGUCAGUUUGGCCCAAAUACUGGCCUGCCGCGGUUCCUAAAGCCGGUUGCCAAACAGCAGCCUGCUACGAAAAGGUGGAAAAAGAAGAGUAUCCAGAAAAGGCAAGCUGAGAGAGAGAAAUGGCUCAGAUGGAAGGCAAAACGGCAAGGCGUGUUGUCCCUGCAGGCUCCAAAGGCCAGUACAAAUACCGAAAUUAAACCGGCGACAAAUGUGUCGUCUCUGUGGGCUCCAAAGGCCAGUACAAAUAUCAUCGAAAUGAAACGGAGAAGUGAGCCUCCGAAGACAGUGGAGCCUACGCAUGGGCAGAAAUGCCCAGAAGUCGAGCUGUCAAAAGAGGGAAAACGACUACUUACAGAUGAGGAAAUUAAGGCGAACCUGAGAAAAAAGUUGGAAGCAUUUAACCAGAAGAACAAGUCUCACACCAAGGCAAAAUCCUGACACACAAGGUACGGGUCGCAGGGGCAACAUUCCUAGUCGGGAAGCCCAGACUUCCCAGUCCUCGGCCACCUCUUCCAGUUCCACCAGGAGGACACCCAAGUCCUUCCCAGCCCAGCUGUGAGACAUAAUCCCCUCAGUGUGUCCUCUGUCUGAGCAUGCCUGGAACACCUCCCCAGGGAGGCACCCGGACCAGAUGCCCGACCCGCCUCAACUGGCUCCUCUCGAUGUGAAGGAGCAGCGGCUCUACUCUGUGCCCCAAUUUCUACUUUCUACUACCGCUUAAUCGAGUCAUAUGUUAAUGCAUAUUAGUGCCUUCACAAGUGGCAAGAAGCAUCCUCUAGCAACAUGUACCAAAUGAUUUUAUUUAAAGUCAAUCCUCCUCGCUUUACACGGCAUUUGUAAAUAUCCAAAGGCUACUUCAAUUAAGAAUUGUAAUAACCUUAAAAAAUCAGAGACAAUUGUGUCUGUUAGAUCCAUAAUAAACCCUGAUAGGCUACUGGAAUGGCCUGUAUCCUAGGCUAAUCAAAUUCCACUAAUACGAUGUGUAAUCAUGUACAACCCCACUCCCAAAAUGACAAUUGAAGGGCUUCUAAGAUCAUUGCAUCAUGUUGGAAAGAGCAAAAACAAACGCUUUGGAUGGAACCUGAUCAAAUCCUCAAAUAAAACACGACCAUAAAUAUGAACACCGGACCUCUACUGUGAUAUAAAUAGGAAUGCAGUUGAGUUUAGAGUUCAUCCUUCUCUUCCCCUUGACAGUAGCAUGAUGCUCUCUGGCUGUUCAUGUAGGGUCUGCAGCCUAGAGUCCACACCGUGUUGAACAAAGUGUCUGCCACUGUUUCACAUGCUGGCGAGAGAAUGGAAUAGGUUACCUCACUGUCGAUGUGGGAUUGCAGACUGUGUAGUAAUACCAACCUUCUACUUUGGACACAAAGCCCAGGCUCUUCUUGAGGUCUGAGCAGAUGCUGUGGAGGCACCAGCGGAACUUGGAGUCACAGCGGUACUUGUUAGAACCGCAGGUGUCGUAACAUAUAUCCAGCUGGUUGCAACACUUGGUCAUGGCGGGGAUCCCCAUGUCCAUCUGAAGUACAACAUACAGUGCUCAUUCCCUUAUUUUGUUUGAUGCCACAAAAUACCAUUUCAAUUACAAGGCCCAAAUGUCUGGAGUUUUGUUUAAAGUGGAAAAUAAACGUGGGACUACAUUUCCUGUUUCUUCAACUUUUGA